AAGAGAGGAAGAGCGACACACGCAGCGAGAGAGGAGAGAAAUAAGAGGAAACUACAGGAGAAGAAGACGAGGAAUUUUUCACCAACAUGGCCUUGCGGGAUGAACUGUUAAAGUCCAUAUGGCACGCGUUUUCAGCGCUGGAUGUGGACAAAAGCGGGAAAGUUUCCAAAUCUCAGCUGAAGGUGCUGUCCCACAACUUAUAUACAGUACUUAACAUUCCACAUGACCCGGUGGCACUGGAAGAGCACUUCAAAGAUGAUGAUGAGGGUCCCGUCUCCAACCAAGGAUACAUGCCGUACCUGAAUAAGUUCAUUCUGGCUAAGGCGACUGAUAACUUCAACCGUCAAGACUUCAACAAAAUGUGCUGGACGUUGUGCUUCAGGAAGAACUUUGGGCAGAAUCAGUUGCAGAUCUCCAAUGAUGAUGCCUUUAAGAUCUGGUGCAUCUUCAACUUCCUGUCUGAAGACCGAUACCCGCUGAUCAUCGUCACUGAGGAGAUUGAGUACUUCUUGCGUAAGCUGACAGAGGCGAUGGGAGGCAGCUGGGUGGAGGAGCGUUUCGAGGACUAUAAGCUGCAGCUGAACUCAAGGCAGCAGUGUCUUAGUGCAUGGGAACUCAUCAACCUAGUUGGGUCAGGUCAGUUUAGUAAGGGCAUGGACCAUCAGACACUCUCCAUGGGAAUCAGCGAAGUUUACCAGGAACUCAUCCUUGAUGUGCUCAAACAGGGCUACAUGAUGAAGAAAGGGCACAAGAGGAAGAACUGGACGGAGCGCUGGUUCAUGUUGAAGCCUAACACGAUCUCAUACUAUGUUGGAGAAGACUUGGCUGAAAAGAAAGGAGACAUCCUAUUGGAUGAAAACUGCAGUGUGGAGCCUUUACAAGAUAAAGAGGGAAAGAAGUGUCUCUUCCUCAUCAAGUCAUCACAAAAAAGCUUUGAAAUCAGUGCAUCUGACAAGAAGAAGAAACAGGAAUGGAUCCAAGCUGUUCAGACCUGCGUGACUCUGCUGCGUCAGGGCCGACCAGCACCGCACCGUGAGGCUCGACAGAAGCGCCGAGAGGUGCGACUGAAGCAGCAGGCCGAACAGGAGGAGCUGGAGCUGAGGAUGAGUGAGCUGCAGAUGGCAAAUGAGGCGAAGCAGCGUGAACUGGAGAACAUGAGAAAGGCUCUGGAAGAGGCAGCAGCUUAACGCAGCAGAAGAAGAAAAAGACGUCUUCAGACCCCUGACCUCCAGGACCGCUAUAGGAGGGAUCUGGAGAGAGAAAAAAAGGUACGGGAGCAAAUUGAGAAAAACUUGGCUGAGAAGUCCACUGAGCUGGAGCAGUACCUGCAAAGGGUCCGGGAGCUGGAGGAGAUGUAUCGUCAACUGGAAUACGCUUUGGAGGACGAGAGGAAUGCCAGACAGGAUGAGGAAACCCUCCGUAAGCUGCAGACAUGGUUACUGGAGGAGGAGGCCAAGAAGAGAGCAGAGCUGGAGGAGAUUCAUUUGCAGCAGAAGCAGGCUAUCUCAGUCACGGUGGCUGAGAAAGAGGAACUGGAGAAGGAACGUCUGGCCAAGGAGAGCGCCCUGCAAGCUGCAAUGGCGCAACUGGAGCAGCUGGAGCAUGAGAGGCAGGGAGCACUGGCACAGUAUGAGACAAUCAGAAGGAAGCUGGAAACUGCAACCAACAACACCAAGACCUGGAAGCACAAAGUGGCUGAACAUGAGGGGUUGUUAAGGCUUAUUCAACCAGGUGCCAAGGGACAGCAGAAGGUCACAAACUGGGGCCUGGCAGCCUUUUCUGAAGCAGAGCUCAGUCUGAGGGAGAAACAAUGGCAGGAGAUGAAGAACCAGGCGACUCAGGCUCAGUAAAGCUGCUGUUAGCUGUUAUUGUAAUCUUAAAUAUGUUUAACUAACAAAAGACAGAUAAGACAGGGCUGCUGGGAUGUACUGUGUCGAAGUGCAUCUUUGCCAGGAUAAUGAGGCAUUUUUUAUUAAGGCGGCAUUAACUAAUCAAGAAAUCUUUGUUACCCUGUAGGAAACAGCACUGAUAGAACUAGAAAACUUUACUGUUGUUAGUAUUGGUCACCAUGGAGUAUACCUAAAACCACCACCAAGUAAAAAUCACCCUGUAAUUUAGGGCAGGUCAAUUAAAAUAAUUUUUAAAAAGUUAUCGAGAAAUAACUUUUUUCUUAAUAGAAAUAUUCAAUAUAUAGUCAAUACAUAGUCAAUAUAAAGUUGAUGGUAUUGUUGUUGGCUCAGGAGGUAGAGCAGGUCAUUUACUAAUUAGAAGGUUGGUGGUUCGAUCCCUGGCUGUUCCAGUCUGCAUGCCAAAGUAUGCUGAACCCAGAGUUGCUCCCGACGUACUUAUCAGAGUGUGUGUGUAUGUGAAUGUUAGAUA